AUGAACAAUAUCCGGGUUGAUUCAAGCCAACUCCUUGCCGGUACAAAUGGGUUGAAUCCCCCAAGAUCUAGGUUGUCAAACUACAGCUUUAUGUCCGCGGUACUCCCACCAGUGAUUGGCUCGGCCACCACCAGCAGCAAUCCUUUGAACGUGAUGAUUCGUCGGUUUUCUUCUAGAGUGAACGGUCCCAGUGCCCAAACAAUCAGCAAUAAGCUCCUUAAACUUGUGCGGAUCCAUAAGAAGUUGAGUCUCCAGGAGCACGAGGUGAUAAGAGAACUCAACAUGUGGUCCAAUACCAUUCCAGAAAAAGAGAGCAGAAAGUUGAUCAUUGAUUUUCUCAACUGUCUACAACAAGGGCUUGAAAAUACUGAUAGAGCCAUCCAAGCAGAAGAGGCGUUGAAGAAGAAAUUCUCAGAAGUCUAUAUAAGGGAAAAAAAAUCGGCGGAUACAAAAUUAGAGAAAGAAAGAACAAGAGAGCAGCUUAAAGUUACCAGAGGUAAUAAACCCCAGCAAGAAACCUUAUUAUUGCAAGAAAAAUUAGAAGAACAAUCGGCACAACAGAAUAUUGUCGACGAACAAUUUGUCAGGUCCAUCAAUGGGGAAUUAAGUGAUACUCUAGGCCAAUAUUUGGCGACGUUGCAUAACAACUGUAUGGAAAUUAGGAAAUUCGCUGACGAUUUCUUGGAAGCCCACCCUAGCGAAAAGUUCAAGAAGGGGCAAAUCACUCUUGAAAAUGGAAACAUAAGAAUGACUCAGUCACAACCCAGUUUUUCGAUCCAAAGUGAGCCUGCUAUCUUUUCGAUGCCAAUGGUGCCGCUGCAACAUUAUAAUGUUUAUUCUUCACCAUUGCAAUCAAGGGCAAGCACUAAAGAUGAAAUUCCAUUACCUGAUUUCAAGGAAAAAAAGGCAAAGCAUCAUCAGAUCAUAGUUCCUGGCCAAGAGAAUAUUAUAUCCACUUCAGGGAACAUAAUUGCCAAAAAUUUGGAGCCAAUUCCUUUCAGCCAGGAAGAGUUACCGGUAGGGUUCCAAGGUAGACCAACAAGUUUGGAUAUGAGUCACGAAUGGCAGUAA